AUUCUUUCGAAUACUUCAAAUAUAGUAUUAAGUACUUUAUAUUUCCAAAAAUAAAGGUAUUAUUGAAUAUUUAUUAUCAUUCAUAAUUACAUAGAUGCAUGUGUACAUGUCCGUAAAAAAAUACUAUUGUUGAACACACUUGUUUAGAUCAACUUGUGAACGAGAAUUCAUUACUUUUGAUUACAAUUGAAGAUAUGUUUACGAAACCCUUUACCUAAUAAUCCUUAAUAAAUUCAAAGUUUAAAAGCAAAACUUUUAUCUAAAAUCAUUCAAUUGCAAGGUUACAAUAAAUUUGUAGUAAAAAAAAGGUUACUUCCUCUGCCACAAAACGUGAGGAAGGUACUACGUGAUUAAAAAGUACACAAGCGCACAAUAACAACGCAACACUGGUAAUCAUACAAUACGAUUUCAGUUCAACUAGAGCAAAUACAAACACUUUGCUAAAACAUUGCUGUGUUUUAUACUCAUUAUUUUGAUUUGCCGUUGUCAAAAAGAAGUACAAUUUUGAUUGAAAACCGAGUUUGUACGCAGUGUAUUUGGUAUUUUGAAUAGUAUUAAUAUAAAAUGUAAGAAAUAGCGGGGUUUUAACUUUGAUACCAGGACUAUAAAAUUCGAAAAAGUUGGAGGCAGCACUGCCACCCUACCAACGCGUCGCAGUCAACGUCGCAGUAGCGUUGCCAUCAUUGUACCCAUCAUAUUUCGUUCGUUUCAAUCUAUCCGCGGUUCAGAGGAGCAGAGCGAGACUUUUAAAUGCGCCCAGAAUCCUUCCGGAUAUAAAACGCGGCAGAUAUAAGCACACGCUUGUAUUUCAUUUUAGUGGGAACUUUUCUUCAGCUUUUGCAACUGCAAAUCCAAACCCCAGGAAUAGUACAAAUUAUGAAUAAUAGUGACGGAGAUACUACUGGUACAAAUCUUGUUGGUCGCAGGUCCAAUAGUAUUGUGACAACAAAUUUAAACAGCAAUAGUACAUUAAAUUACAUACCCCGUGUGGCAUUCAUUACACCAACUGUUGAGCCCACAACCUUUCCUCUGAGCACUGGUAAUGUAAAUACAAUGCAGACAUGUUCAUCAUCCGCUCCAUCUAUGAUAAACGUAAUUACUUGUGCCGGCAACGUCAUGAAUAGCCAACUUAAUAACGCAGGUUUCGUAAUGGCAAAAAAUGGUCAUAGCUCUACUGUGUCGGUAUCGGAAGACACUGUGCCUAUUUACACUGGUGCUAAUGGAGGUGCAAGCUCAACCCCGUCAAACAGUAAAGCUAUUCAAGCAGAUGGAACAAAUAUCAAAGAAGAAGGAGAAGUUGUGGAAAUGUUACAUAAUUCUGUAAUACCAGCUUCUAUACUAGUCCGCAAUCGACAACAAUACGCUUCACCUGGGAGCGCCAAAAGUACGGUUGGCACAUCAACUCGCAGUGGUGUUGGGAAUCAGUCGACUUCUCUAACAAUAUUGAAUCAAGAACUUGUGAAACAAAUCGUAGUUGGUAAACCACCAAAAAAUUGUGGUUUAACACAAUUAGCCUCAACAACUACAAACAAUACUCUUAAUUUAUCUCAAACUCUUCUGAAGUCGCCAUCAACAAUGACCAAUCUUGGAGGAAUCAAGCACCAAAGUUCUUCCAACAAAUCUACAACAAUUCUGACGAAAGCACCAGUAUCUACUACUCCACCAACUACCACAAGCUCAAUCGGUAUAACUCCAAAUCAGAAGAAACAGUCUCAACAAAUCAAUGCAUUCCAAAAUGCAAGUGUAUUACAACCCCCUAUUAAUGCUAAACUCCCCCUUUCAGAAGCUGCCAAACUAGCAGCAGGUGAUUCAAGUAUAAUAAGCCAAAGUAACUUACGCAAAGAGUUAAGAACUGAUGAGUGUACUACAGAUUUUUCAUUUAACCGACUACAAAGUAUACCUCAAUCAUCUACUUCAUCACCAGAGCCAUCAAUUCAAACGAAAGUGGCCGCCAUGAAAACUGCUUCCAUUACCAAUUCAACAGUUAAUAAUAGCAGUUCGUUUAAGGUAGAAAUCGAUCUGACUAAACCUGUUUUAGUUCAAGCAAAACUUGUUGAAAAACAGGAAUCGCUUCUUAAAGUACGCCCUGUUCAACGUGUUAUUGAAAGUAGCACUAGUCCUCGUUCUAAACGGUCUAAAUCACUGAGCUGUGCUUUCAAGGAGGUUCACCUAACGAAUGCCCCAAUUAUGUUGAAACAGAGACAAACUUCUUUACUAACAACCCAACAUACAUUGUCAGAGCGUCGUCAUUCGACAACAUCUGAAGGAAAAAAUCUAAAACACAAAGCUAGUCCCCCGCGACGUAAACAAACGUUAAAUUCCAAAUGUAAUGUUAUUGAAAACGAAUAUGAGAUCAUAGAUUUGAUUGACUAUAAUGAGGCGAACUCCAAAAUAAACGCUGAUGAGGAACAAAAAACAAAUCAAGAAAAAGAAAAUAAUAUCAAAGGAUCCUCAAUGGCGGAAGGCAUAGUAGAAAACCAACAAGAGUUUGCAAACAAUAUGCAACCACCACCACCACUUAAAGAUACGGAUAGAAAUUCAUUAUAUAAUAUUGCCAAAAAAGUUAUUACAGAUAUUCCAAAUAAAGAGGAACCGUCAACAUUCUCAUCUACUGAAAAAAUUUCGGAAAAAUAUGCAUGUAUCGAAAACGACCAUAUUGAGGACAUAUCAAAAAACACUGAUAUUAUAAUGAAAGAUGUUGAAACUGAACCAGAAGAACAACAAACUAUUUACUUUGAGAAGACCGAAACUUUAAUCCAGAACUCAAAAGCUGAAGAUACACACACCUCUGUAGAGCACACUCAAGAUUCGUUGGAAAAAUCACUUUAUUGUGAUGAAAAAAUCUCAGUUAGUUCAACAUCAUCUGCAUCUACCUCUGCCAGUCAGCAAAGUUUGCAUGAUGAUUUACAAAUGUCGUCGGCUUCAAACGUUACACAAAACAUGUCAGCCAAACUAAACCAACCCAGCACUUCGGCAGCUGCUGGCAAUAUGUUAACAGCACCUCCUGUAAAAGCCAUUACAACCGCUGUAGAAGACGCAUUAUCGUGUGCUUUAAAAAUGUUAUCAAACUUCAAUAUGCUAACCUGGAAUCAACGUGUCGGUAGUGCACGUGGUACUAAUAUGCGUUUCCAAUUGAACGAAUUUAAUCUUAUUGAAAUAAAUGAACGCUGCGCGCCACGAACACGUAUCCACACAGCUUAUGAAAAGCCAAUUUAUGAGCGAGAAACGGUACCAUAUUUAAGUGAAAAUCACAAUGGUUUAUUGUAUUUAUGUAGGCGAUGUAAUUGUCAUGGACCAGCGCUGGAUUUUUUGGCACCAGAAUUUUGUUCUUUGGAUUGUUUGAAACGAGAGUCCCGUAAACGUCGGCAUGAGGAAUAUACCACUUUUUCACGCAAGCGAAAAACCCAAGAAUCGGCUGUUCCAGCUCCCAGCAAAAAAUCAUUCCGUUGGUCAACAUAUCUCCCAGAAAAGUUCAAUGCCAUCGCAGCACCUGUAAAUCUAUUUAUUAAUCCAUUUCCAACUGGACCCAAUCGUUUUCAGAUUGGCAUGAAAUUAGAAGCUAUUGAUCCAGAGAACUGUUCACUCUUUUGUGUAUGCACGAUUGUUGAUAUACAAGGGUAUCGCUUGAAGUUAACAUUUGAUGGUUAUGAAUAUAUGUACGACUUUUGGGUGAAUGCCGAUUCUAUGGAUAUUUUUCCACCAGGUUGGUGUACGAAAACAAAACGCAUUUUGCAGCCACCAAAAGGAAAAACUAUUGAUAAAUUUAACUGGCUACAAUACUUAACAGAAUGUAAAGCUAUAGCAGCCCAACGUGCUCUAUUUACACAUUUGAAUGUAUCUUUGGGUACACAUAAUCCAUUUAAGAUUGGAAUGCAUUUGGAAGCCGAAGAUCUUAACGACACCGGCAAGCUAUGUGUUGCCUCAGUUUCGGAUGUGUUAGACAAUCGCAUUCGUGUACAUUUCGAUGGUUGGGAUGAUUGCUACGACUACUGGGUGGAUAUUAGUUCACCCUAUAUACAUCCUUGUGGUUGGCAUGUAGGACGACAACAAUUAAUCGUACCACCUGAAUUUGAAAAUACUACUUUCUCGUGGGGUGAUUAUAUAAAAAAUCAUGGCAGUGGCAUGGCCGCAACAGAAGAGAUGUUUUCCACCCGCGAUCCAAUAGAUUUCAAGCCGAAUAUGAAACUGGAGGUUGUCGAUCCACGUAAUCCCUCACUAAUACGCCCUGCUACAGUUAUCGGUCGCAAAGGACAUCGCGUUAAGCUACAUCUGGAUUGCUGGCCAAGUAAUUAUUGCUUUUGGUUGGAAGAUGAUAGUGCGGAUUUGCAUCCGAUUGGUUGGUGUGAAGCUACUAGUCAUGAUCUAGAACCCCCACCUGGUUAUAAAAUGCGCUCAACAAAGGUGGUAUGCUCAACUUUUGGAUGCCGCGGCAUCGGUAAUGCCAAACGGCUUUAUUUAAAUACGCAUACUACACAAGAUUGCUGCCCAUACGCAGCGGAAAACUGGCGACAAAAAAGCGAAAAGCCGCCGCGUUUGGAGCAUGAAGAGAUUGUACGACCAGAAAUAAUGGGUAAGCGAGAUAUGAAACAAAAGCAGCCAACAUUAAAAUGGAAGCAAACGCAGCCACCUCAACCACAUUUGAACGAAGCGGAUAUAUUACAACACAUUCAACUUUUGGACAACAUAAAAACUCGUCACGUAAUUCAGCAGGAAAAACAGCAGCAAAAACAAACUUUGCAAGAAAGUGCUAACAGAAUCGAAAUCGGUUCUGCAAGAGAUCAACAACAACUAUCUUUAAUAAAAACUGAACGCACUGACAAGUCCACUGCAACCGCUGUAAGAGUUCACCAACCGGUAGACAGUACCACUGCGGAACAAUCAACGUCUCUUCUAAUUCCACAAAUAAAGAUUGCCAAAGAGUUUCUCUGUGACUAUGGUCCGCGUCUGCAACAAAACUAUAAUAUUUGGCAGCGUAAUGUCGCUUUCGAUAUGCAACGUAUUAAACGCAACCCUCUGCUGUGGUCAACAAAGGAUACGUGUGCAUUUGUUCAAUGUGUACUACGAAAUGCCGAUAUAACUGAAAUGUUUUUGCGUGAAGAUAUCGAUGGUAGUGCACUUUUGCUGCUUCAACAAUCCGAUCUUACCGACAUUCUCGAUUUGAAAUUAGGGCCCGCCGUUAAGUUGUUUUCGUGUAUUCUUCAAUUACGCACACUAGCCGUUCUCAAGUUCAAUGUAAAGUUAGGCACCACACAAAGUAGCAAUUAACAAUAUACUCAUUGCAGUGUGCUCCCUAGCCAAGAUUGUUUUCCAUAGAUAUACGUAUAUGUAUAUUCACACGUUAAUUUCUUAUUGAUAUGACAAAGACAUAAAUAUGUACAUAGUAUAUGUUGUUGAAUAACAAUACAAUAAUUCUUUAAUUCAAAUUGGUACAGAUAGAGAACGGUGAUGCGUUUGUAUAUUUUAGAUUUGCCUAAAAUUGUUUUUAUUAGCAGUUAAGUUAUUAUAAUAUUUUUGCCAUAUUUAUGUAUAUAGAAACAUUCAAUUUGUUGCACUUACAACUCUUCCAGGCAAUACUUUUUUUUAUUAUUAAGUUUGCAUAUUUAGCCAGUAUCAAAGCGAUCCAUGUAAGUUUGAAUUUACAACUCUUUAAUAUAUGGGCGAAAUGUGGAAGCCUACAGCAUCCACACUAUUGAUCUGUAAAUAACGAAUUUACAUUGUGUAGAUUUUUUAUUGUAAAACUGUAAAAGAAAUGAUCAAUCAUGAUAAUAAAUAUAUUAAACCAUA